AGGACGAUUUCCGAACCCGCUGACCCCGCACCGCAGUCAUCUCUUGACGCGUCGCGAGGCCCGAAGAUUCAUUAGGCAUCGCAGUGCAACCAGGUGCAACACGCGCGCGGUGUCUUAAUGAUUCGCGCUGAACAUAAAAGACGCUCCUUGCCAAAAAUUCUCGGAAACACUUCGCCGAGGGUGUUGGACGAUUUGUCGACUGCUCCUGGGGAUGCAUUUACUGCGACAGUAGUAAUGAGGGGUUAGAAAAUGGGUACGCGACCUCCUGUCCUACGUCUCUUCGCCAAAGCUCCGUGACCACAUGUAAAAGCGCGUAAAAUCGACUUUCGCUUCCACAAGAUGCAAACAUGACUUAAAAGGCAACCGCGAUAGGCGACUUGCGUGCGGUUUGGCGCGAGCUAUGCAAGGUUAUCACAAUUUUUGCGUGAGCAGAUAGUUAAUUGUUCGCAGAUGACCAGUUCAUGUACGAAGGUUCUGUGUGAUCAGAUGACCCUGUCGUGGGUACAGUUGAUGGAAACGUGCUUAGAAAUUUUUCUUCGAUUGCCAGUGGAAGGUAGAAUGUCCAGCGAAGAGCCCGGAUGUUCGCGUCAGUUGACUCGAGCUGAGCGAGUCGAAGCUCUCAAAGAAGCAGCGAGGGAACGCAUGCGGGCCCAUCGCAAACGCUGGACCGAAGAGAGUGCCAACGCAGGAGCUUGCGAACGGACGCCUGGACUUCGCGGGCGCCGCGCAGAAGUUCACACUCGAGCGGAAUGCGAUCGUGAGAGUCCGGCGACGCUGCAAAAUCGAGGGGUCACGAAAGAGCCAGGUGCAGCAGAAGCUAGGAACACGGUGGAAGCGAAACCGAAGCGGUGUCCCUCCAGAAGACGCCGGGCCUGUGACGAGACGAGUGACGGCCGAGACCAGCGGAUCCGUGCCAAUGGGCGCGAGACUUCUCACCUGUUGCUUUCCGGUACCGGUGAUAUGCUUCAUCAGUGGCUACUGAAGUCCAUUGAGGUCAUGGACGAGGACUCUCGCUCAACUGACUCUCCUGGCCAGAGCCAGCCCGGCACACCCCUCCAGACAAGCCACAGCCCAGGCGCCGUCAACAUGGGCCUGGUUGCUGGUGAUGCGGCCCGUCAUCCGCAGACGUCCAAAUACACGCAGCUCCUCGCGGUCAUCGAGGAACUCGGGCGCGACAUUCGGCCCACGUACGCUGGAAGCAAGUCAUCAGCCGAGCGCCUCAAGCGAGGCAUAGUGCAUGCACGCAUUCUUGUGCGGGAAUGCCUGAUGGAAACUGAACGCAACGCCAGGUCUUAGCAGGCUGCUGUUGCUGAAAGCAAAGCUAGUUUGUUACUGGCAUUGGGAAAAAUGUUUACAGGGCUAAGAGAGGCAAAACAAACAUUGCAUGUGCGUUUCAUGUUUGUGUUUCAUCUUUCCUAGCGCUGUCAACAUCUUUCAUGAACUUGGCUGGUAUGUCUUUAACCCCAAAAAGCCCAACGUAUCCUUUCUUCUAUGCUGGGCUUGUAAUUUCUAAACUAUGGUUUGUAUGUAGGGAACUUAAUGUAAAGCCUAUGCAUAGUAACAUUUUUUAUACAUAACAUCCAAUUCUGGAUAGAUGAGAAAAACCUGGUGCUGAUGAAUUAUACUACAGUGGAAGUUUUUUUUGGGGGGGGGGGGGUGGGGGAGGGGCAGGAAUGUUUUGUGAACCUGUUCAAUUUUUUUUUUUUGAAUGGCGCUUGGGCUUUAUGGGGUUAAUUGAACAAACUUCACGGACAUGUCUUUCAUGUGGUAUAAGAUGUAUUAAAUAUGAGAUUGAAGACUA